AUGACUGAAGAACAACAAUGCAACCAAUUCAAAAAGUAUGAGGAAUACUUCGAGAAACAAAACGACAAACUGAAGAAGUACGACGUCGGGUGCUUUGGCGAAUGGCUCCACGGAGAUAAAAAAGUCAUCGACCAACCGCCAGAACAUCAGACGGUACGGCGGUGUAUCGACUUCAACUGUGAUCACUCGGAACUGGAGUCGCUUCACUCACAAUACUACAAAACAUCACGCGUGCCGUACGUCCACGCAAACUACUCAUAUACAAGAUACUUACAACCACCGCUCUUUUCAUGCUCAAAUCCCGGAGUGAUGGUGACGUCGAAAUUCGUUCACACGUCAAUCAACAAGAACAAGUGCCCUGUGUUUUGCAUGAGGUGGACACCUGACGGGAGGAGGCUGAUAACUGGCAGCAACAACGGAGAGUUCACCACAUGGAACGGCCUUCAGUUCAACUUCAUUGGGAUCAACACGUAA